AUGGAGGUCCUCGCGGCUGCACUGAAGUCCGGACCCGCUCAAAAGCGCGAAGAUGAGUUCUACAAUCCAAGGCAACAAGAGCACUUCUUCUUUGCGCAAGAUCGCGAAUGGACACCAGCAUCCUUUUUGCAGACCUCACCAACAGCGUCGAAACCUCGCCUCAACCCUGAGGCCAUCCGCCUAAUAUCAUGGAAUAUUGACAUGCUCGUCCCCUUCGGUGAUGAACGUAUGAGCGCCGCUCUGCAAUAUCUCGAGACUCUCGUCACCUCAACGCCACCAGACACCGCAAUCGUUGUCUUCUUACAAGAAAUGACGCCGUCAGAUCUUGACCUCAUCACGUCCUCACGAUGGAUACAAACUCGCUUCAACAUCACAGACAAAGACCGAUCGUCCUGGCUGUCACCACACUACGGCACAACGACGCUCAUCGAUGCUCGCCUAAGUGUUGCAUCAGUCUUCCGCGUCCCAUUCCUUAGCAAGUUUGACCGUGAUGGGCUGUUUGUCGACAUCGCACUUACAUCAAAAGUCCUGCGCCUCUGCAACGUACAUCUCGAAUCCCUCAUCGCUUCUCCACCAGUCCGACCACACCAGCUCUCCACCGUCGCAGCAUACCUCCACGCGCCAGAAGUAGCGUGUGCGCUCCUGGCCGGCGAUCUGAACGCCAUUGAGCCAUUUGACUGGAAACUGCACACCGACAAUGGACUCGAAGACGCGUAUCUCUUCCUUGGCGGUAAAGAAGAUAGUGACGAGGGAUAUACGUGGGGCUACCAGGUUCCUGCUGCGAUGAGAGAGAAGUUUGGAUGUAGUCGUAUGGAUAAGAUACUCUUUUGUGGGGAUGUAAGGGUAAACUCGUUUGAGAGGAUCGGGACGGGUGUCAAGGUUGCGGAGGAGAAACGUGGAGAGGCCAGAGAGGCAGGUGAGGAAGAGUGGGUCAGUGAUCAUUAUGGGGUUAUGGGAGAUUUUGAUGUGAUUGGGGAUUGGAUCUUAAGGCAGAGGGAGGGAGAUGGCGUAGUGCGGCCGAAGCUAGCUUGA